AUGGGUAGUUCUGAACAAGUGAUUGCUCCUCAAAAGGCAGCAUCUGCUACCAACAGCAAGAACAACAAUGAGAUGGCAGGUCCUUCUAAACCCCAGUCUCAACAACAACAACAACAACAACAAGCAGCAACAUCGGAUGCUCCUGACAAAAAGCACAAUAGACGACGAAAUCAUAGAGGCAAAAAGAAGAAUCCCAAUGUGUUGAAUGCGACAGAGGCUGGUACUCCAAAAACCGAAGAAUCCGCCCACACUACUACUGCUGAAAACGAUGUAAAGAAGCCAGCCAGUAACAACAGCAAUCGUAAGCGAAAUAAUAAAAAGUCAAAGGCGCCAGAGAAUGCUUCGUCGCCAUCCAUGGCUCGCAUCAGUAAGAAUCGAGCUCAAGGUCGUUUGACUGAAGAUCCUGAACCACUGGAUAAUAACACCAACAGCGAUACAGCAUCCACGGCAGCCUCUACAUCUCAACAUACCAACACUAGAAAGAGAAACAACAACAAUAAAUCACGCAAGAAUACACCCAAAUUACCACCUGGCAACCACGACAUGGCCACUUUAUUAUCUCAUGAAUUAAAGACAUCUAGCUACGAGUGUAUGAUUUGUAUGGAUGUGGUCAGGCCUGCUCACCAUGUCUGGUCGUGCGAUUGUUGCUGGGCAGUAUUUCACUUGAAUUGUGUGCAAACGUGGGCUGGUAGAUCAUUGAAAGAUACCUCUUCCAACAAGAUGGUAACUGGUUGGAGAUGUCCUGGCUGUCAAAAUAACAGAACCGUCGUUCCCAAGGACUAUCUCUGUUUUUGCGGCAAACAGCGUAAUCCCGAAACUUCGAGAUACAACACGCCUCAUAGCUGCGACCAAUUGUGCAAGAGACAUAAAUCAUGUCCUCAUGAAUGUGUCUUACCUUGUCAUCCAGGUCCUUGCCCUCCUUGUAGCUUAAUGGGUCCUGUCACAACCUGUUUCUGUGGCACAACUACUCGCCAAGCAAGAUGCGUGGAUACAGAUUACUCGACAAAGGGAUUUUCAUGUGAAGAAGUAUGUGAUGAAUUAUUGGGUUGUGGAAAGCAUCGAUGUGAACAACCCUGUCAUGCGGGCGUGUGUGCUCCUUGCCAAGUACAAGAAGUGCAAUCAUGUUACUGUGGACGUCAUGAGAGAACCGCUCGUUGCGGCAGUGGCAAGCAGGUUCAACUGCGUGGCCAUAUCGGUCAUUAUAGCUGUGCAGAAAAGUGCGAUACGGCGUAUGCAUGUGGCCAACAUCGCUGUCAAAAGUCCUGCCAUCCAUGCUCUGCCAAUUCUCAAGUCUGUCCAUUCGAUCCCAAUAUCAUCAACACCUGUCCCUGUGGAAGCCAUACCGUGGUGGAAUUACUGAACGGCAAGAACCGCGAAUCCUGUACUGAACCUGUGCCAACCUGUGAAUCCACCUGCAACAAAAUAUCUGAGUGUGGCCACCCUUGCCCUCAAAAGUGCCAUUUGGGUGAUUGUCCGCCCUGCCAAGUUGCUGUGGAUGUGCCUUGUCGCUGCCAAUCCAGCACCUUCAAAGACAAUUGCGCCAACGUAUGUGAAGCAACUGGCGGUGAGCCUCCUCUUUGUGAUCGUAUCUGUAAGUCCAUGCGUAACUGUGCAAGACAUCAGUGUGGUGUGGCAUGCUGUCUUGCCAUGAAGGUCAACGGUAAACGGAAGCCUGGGUACGAGUUUCUGCAUGAUUGCCCCGAAAAGUGUAAUUUGUUGCUAUCUUGCGGUAAUCAUCGCUGUCAAGAUACUUGCCAUAAGGGCAAGUGUCUUCCCUGUUUAGAGGCCACCUUUGAUGAAGUCGCUUGUAACUGUGGUCGCACCCGUCUGGAACCUCCUGUGCGCUGUGGAACAAAGAUGCCUCCUUGUCCUUAUCCUUGCGUUCGUCCUAAUCCCUGUGGCCAUAUCCGCUUCCUGAACCACAACUGCCAUCCUGAUGAUGACCCUUGCCCUCCCUGUCCUGCUCUGGUCACUCGCCACUGUCUCUGCGGUAAAACUGAACUCAAGAACGUGCCUUGCUAUCGUGAAUCGCCUCGUUGCGGCAGACCUUGUGAAAAGCCCUUGAGUUGCGGUAAGCACGUCUGUCUCAAAACGUGCCAUAGUGGACCAUGUAUCGCACAGGAUGAAAGCUGUACACAGACGUGUGGUGGUGCCAGAGGAAGCUGCGGCCAUCCCUGCCAGCAAAAAUGCCACGACGGUACUCCAUGCCCUGAAACUGAACCCUGUAUCGCCAGAAUCAAAGCAACUUGCAAGUGUGGACAAAAUACCCUGGAAAUCCCUUGCAAUGCCACAUCAGAAUCCAGUGGAUCAAAGAAGGAUUUGGACUGCAAUGAUUUCUGUGCGAAGGUGCUGCGUAAUCGACGUCUUGCGAUGGCUUUUGACAUUAAGCGCGAUGAUUUCAGCACACCCGCAUCGCCUUCGCUAUCAGCAACCUCCAACAUAGAUUCCAAAACACUCUCGUCUGACGAUCUCGGCUACUACGACGACUCUUUGCGCGAGUUUUACAUUGAAAAUGCAGUGUGGUGUAGACAUAUGGAGAACUCAAUGAUUGAAUUUGUGCAAGAUACUGGCAAGAAGUCGUUCCAUUGCAAGCCUAUGCGCAGUGAAUACCGCCGCUUUAUUCACCGCUAUGCUGUCCAUUUCAAUGUGGCUACUGAAGCCAUCGACCAAGAACCUAAACGCUCCAUCAUCAUGCGCAAGACACUUGGUCCCUGCAGAAUUCCGCCCAUUUUGCUCUCCAAGGCUGCUCGCAACCCUACUCUGAAUCGCGCGCCUACUACAGUACAAGGCAUUGAGGCUGAUACAAGUGGUCGCUCAGCCAACAGACAACCUGUCAACGCACUGUACCUGUCCGACAUGGCUUUUGGAUUAACCAAACUGGAAUUGGAUGCUGACUUGACACCUCUUAUCAAGAUUGGCGAUGACGCUAUUCAUUUUACUAGUAAAUGGGUCAAUGAAAAUGAUGCAGUCGUGAUCCCAUCCAUCAGCGACUCGAUAUCCAUGGAUGAGAAGGAAUCCAUUAUCUGGCAACUCAAGAAGCUUGUGAAAUCAGCCUUUAUCACAACAAAUGGCAGUGCUGACAAUAAAGCGGCUCGUGUGGAUUGCUGUUGGGUCAAUCAAAAGGGAGAAGUGACAUGGAAUGAAAAGCAAUUAUCAGCACCCAAGAAGGACGUUAGUCCAUCAUCAAGCACUUUUAACGGCAAGAAUCGAUUCGUCAAUGCAUAUGAUGCUCUCAAGACGGUGGAUGAUGAUGGCUGGAUGAAGGUGGGCGGUGACAAUCCCUAUAGACCUGCCAAGGACGCCUGGAUUGAAUCACCAAAGAAGAGUGCGAGUCCUUCUCUGACCCCUGAUGUUGCUUCUUCCGAUGCUUCUUUUUCGAAUGAUGCGGAUCAAGCGUUGAGCCUUAGUAGCGAGGAUGAGAUUCAAAGAGUGGAUGAAAAAGACAAACUAGUUGCAUUGACUUCUACAAGCGGGGCUCUCAAACAAGAUCAAGACACGGAAGAUGACUCCAAUAUAUCUGAUGACUGGGAGACCCUUUUGGACGAAGAAUAA